GUUACCAACCACCUACCAGUCUUCAACUCUCACAACCUACGAACAACCAUUCUCACUCUGACAUGAUUAUUUUUAUUUUAUUUUAUUCUUUGAUUUGCAGAUAAGCUUCGGCAGCUUUUGAUAAUCUACUUUGGGUUCGUUUUCAUCAACCUCUCUCUCUCUCUCUCUGUUCAAGAUCGAUCUCGACCACUUGUUGAUCAAUUAAGAUGGCGAGGACGGGCAACAAGCAUAUCCAGGCAAAAUUGGUUCUUCUUGGGGACAUGGGUACUGGCAAGACUAGUUUGGUACUAAGAUUCGUCAAAGGCCAAUUUUUUGAGUACCAGGAAUCAACUAUAGGAGCAGCCUUUUUUACGCAGGUAUUGUCAUUAAACGAAGCCACUGUGAAAUUUGAUAUAUGGGACACAGCAGGACAAGAACGGUAUCACAGCCUGACACCAAUGUAUUAUCGUGGUGCUGCUGCUGCUGUUGUGGUGUAUGACAUCUCAAGCGUAGACUCAUUUAUUCGAGCCAAGAAAUGGGUUCAAGAACUGCAGAGACAAGGGAAUCCAAAUAUGGUGAUGGUUUUGGUGGCAAACAAGGCUGACUUGCAAGAUAAGAGAAAAGUAGAGAACGAGGAAGGAGAGCAAUAUGCCAAGGAAAAUGAGUUAUUUUUCAUAGAAACAUCUGCAAAAACUGCCCAAAAUGUUAACGAGCUCUUCUAUGAAAUAGCAAUGCGAUUGGCAAAAGCUUGCCCUGCACGCCCUAGUGGAAUAAAUUUACAAGAUGAAGCACAAGAAGGGGGCAGAAGACUGUUUUGUUGCUCAAUAUAAACACCUUGGCAAGAGUUUCAUUAAGGAUGGCAAUUCUCAAGUCUUUGAACCUUUCCAUGCUGUUGCUUACUUGAGGUAAAAGAAAAAACCUUAUGGAAGGGUGGGUAAUCAAAAAUUCAUUGACACUUUUACCCAGCACAAGCCAUACUUGUGGAUCUCUGGCCAUUCCAAGAUUCCUUGCAAAGGCUUUCAAUACUCUUUUGAACUUAUGAUGCGCUCAUGUAUUGAAAGGAGGGGUAUGAGAACCAAGAAGAAUAAAAAAGAACUCUUCGAUGGUUGUACUCUAAGAACUAGAUGUUGGUUUUCAAGAAAUGUUUCUGAUCAGUCCUGCUGUCUACAUACAAAUACUGGUACUAAAAUAAGGAGUUUCAAAUAAUUCAUAAAGCAUCUCAAUUCUGUAACA